AUGCCGCCCCAGGCACCCCUGCGCGCCGGCCACAUAGGGCCGCAGGCACCCUCUCCGGAAGUUGCCUUCCCCAACGGCAAUGACGAGGAGGAGGUGCCACCAGACCACCGCUUCGGACCCCUGCGGGUCGAUCUGACGCCGCCCCAACCACGCGAUGCUCCACCCGGAGAUCGGGCACCCUCCGCCGACGCCGAGGACGCCUGGAACCAGGCCGUCUCCCUGUCGGACGAUUGGGCGCUCUCGGACCUCUGGGCGCGGCAUACGACCUGGUCUCCGACGACGAGGGCCGUGACAACCGCACACCGUCGUCACUACGACCCAACCGGCGAUGACGGCGACGACAGCGACGCGACCGUCCUGUACGACCCCACCGCGGAAGACAGCCGUGACAUACGGAGGAGGCGCACCACACCGCCGCACCCGAGCGACAACCGGGCCCCGCCGUACAUGGGCGAGGUAGAAGCCGCCCUGAUAGAAUGCUCCGGAGAAAUCCCGGUGGACGUAUUCGACCGGGGAAGCGGCACCAACACCGCGUCAACCAUCUCGGCCGACGAGGACGAGGCCAGCCGGGAUGGCCGCCAGUCAGACGCCUCGCGACCACCUUCCACCGGACCCGCCGAUGACGCAUCGGCAUCGACAAUCUCGGCCGACGAGGGCGAGACUAGCCAGGACAGUGACUGGUCCUACGCCCCGCGAUCGCCGCCCCCACGCUGGACUCCACCCAGCACCACGCCGCUACAAAGCUGGCCCCCAGCCACUACCAGUCGCAGCCGACCCCCUCCGCCCUCCUACGAGGAAAUAUUUGGCCUGGGACCAUACCCCGGUCCUCACGCUACCGCCCGAUGCGCCGCGGUGGCCGCCAGUCGCGAUCCUCGACCCCGCCUGCCCACCAUUGCGGAGCUGGCCGCAGAAGAGGCGCGCCGAAGGGCGGAGGACCUCAGCGAGGAGCUCGGCAUCCCGCAGAUGGCCCAGUUGCCAGUCGGCAACCCACCGGUUGCCCAACCGCCGACGAAUGGCCCACCACCAUCACCGACCCCACGCCGCCGAGCCCGGCGCCGGAGCGCACCAUGGGCAGACAGCCCGUCAAGCUCGUCCGACGAGUCAUCAUUGGACGCCGACGAGGGAGCCCUCGACCCUCCCCGCUGGGUACCGGCCCCAGUGGAGUGGACCACGCCCAACGGCACAUUGCCAGCCGCCUUGCUCCGCCGGAUUCACGGGCGCCUGGCGACACCAAGACGACGGACAAUCCGGAUUCUGGAGGAGGAGGCGAAUCAACGCUUCCGCGUCCAGAUUAACCGCAGCGGGAAGGUGAUCAUCACUCUCCACCCCUCCCGAAGAUAG